AUGUCGACAAUAAUUACACUGUUCAGUGUCUUCGUGCUGCUAUCACCGGGUCUGGAUGCUGGAUUACCUGGAAAGAAAUUCGUCACUGUCGAUCCAGAGAAAGAAGAAUACGGAUGUAUAAUGGCCCGUAUGGAUGACAAACUCGACAACCUCAUGGCACGACUGGCCAAACUGGAGAGCAGACCAGACUUUCCAAGAGGCAAGGAGAUUUCAUUUAGUGCCUACCUGUCUGAUAGUAACAUAGGUCCUCGCUCUAGUGGCUCUCUCAAGUUUACCAAAGUCAUCACGAACAUCGGAGAUGCAUACAACUCAGCAACUGGUGUGUUCACUGCCCCUGCUGAUGGGCUUUACGCCUUCCAUUUCCAAGCUAGCGAAUAUUCGUACGCCAAGCCUUGUACUGUAACUCUUUAUCAUGGCAACACCACUAUCGUCAGUAACUACGGUUAUGACUCUAAUGGUUAUACGUCGUUCGGUAACACUGGUGUUAUUGAAAUGAAGAAAUCAGGUGUGGCACAUAUUGGAAUAUCGGCAGUAUUUACAACAAGCAACUGUUACAUCCGUGGAAAAUUUACAACCUUCUCCGGGUAUCUGCUAAAGUAA